GUCUGGGUUGAAAUUGCCGGGGUGGGAGGGGAGCCUGCAAGCAGGAUCCCGAGCCGGUGAGCGCGCUGGCCACCGCUCCGCCGCCGAUGACUCCGGAGCUCGGGUCCAGGCGCCGCCCAGGCAGCAUCACUGCGUUCCACCGACCCAGAGUUGAUGAAAAAACACUUAGCCGUCUUCGCAGCGGGGAGCCAUGAGCUGUCUGGAUGUUAUGUACCAAGUCUAUGGUCCUCCGCAGCCUUACUUUGCAGCCGCCUACACCCCCUACCACCAGAAACUAGCCUAUUACUCCAAAAUGCAGGAAGCCCAAGAGUGCACCGCCAGCCCCAGCAACAGCACGGGCAGUGGCAGCUCCUCCUUUUCCAGCCAAACUCCAGCCAGUAUCAAAGAGGAAGAAGGCAGCCCAGAGAAAGAGCGCCCACCCGAGGCCGAGUACAUCAACUCCCGCUGCGUCCUCUUCACCUAUUUCCAGGGGGACAUCAGCUCUGUGGUGGACGAGCACUUCAGUAGGGCCCUGAGCCAGCCUAGCAGCUAUUCCCCGAGCUGUACAAGCAACAAAGCACCCAGGAGCUCCGGGCCCUGGCGGGACGGCUCCUUCCCGAUGAGCCAGCGCAGCUUCCCCGCCUCCUUCUGGAACAGCGCGUACCAGGCACCGGUGCCCGCGCCGCUGGGCAGCCCGCUGGCCGCCGCGCACUCGGAGCUGCCCUUCGCCGCGGCUGACCCCUACUCACCGGCCGCGCUGCACAGUCAUCUGCACCAGGGCGCGGCCGAGCCCUGGCACCACGCGCAUCCGCACCACGCGCAUCCGCACCCGCACCACCCGUAUGCGCUGGGCAGCGCUCUUGGCGCCCAGGCUGCCGCCUACCCGCGGCCCGCCGCGGUGCACGAGGUCUACGCGCCGCACUUCGACCCGCGCUAUGGGCCGCUGCUGAUGCCCGCAGCCUCAGGGCGCGCGGCCCGCCUCGCGCCAGCCCCGGCGCCGGCGCCCGGCAGCCCGCCCUGUGAGCUCUCCGCCAAGGGCGAGCCGACCGGCGCCGCGUGGGCCGCGCCCGGAGGACCUUUCGCCAGCCCCGCGGGGGACGUGGCCCAGGGUCUGGGACUCAGCGUGGACUCAGGUAAGCGGGAAAGGGAGCUUGGUCUCCCCGGACCCCUCCUGCCCUAUGUCCGACCCUGGGCUGAGCCCCGGAUCCCCCUUAGUUCUCCUUGGAGACCCCAGUGA